CUAUGGUCUAAGCCGACGAUAUAUGCUCUCUUUUCUAUGCCUAGGGUUUUCCAACCUGACGUACGUAUGCAAGUUUUGUUUACACUCUGCUGAAUAUAUUGCAUAAUAUUGUUCGCUGGAAUAACUCUCUGAUUAUCCUGGUAAUAUUUUACCUACGUAAAAGUAAAAUGCCAGUUCCGCUCUUUCCAAGCCUUUUUCCGAAAGUCACCGAUCCAUUAUGGUUCAACGUCGACAAGCCAUGUGAUGAUGGAACUGAAAUAUCUCUUGUUGAGCAAGAUCAUCAAGCUUGGGUGAGCACUAUUACUCAUGAAGAUAGUGAUGUCAUUCCGAUUGGGAAAGCUGCCUCUGAGCACGUGGAAGAGGAGGAGGAAGACGACGAAGAGGAGGACGACAAUGAUGACGAUUCAGACAGUCAUGACGAUGAAGAGGACGAGGAACUGGACAUGGAAGUGACGUAUGAAAGGGAAUCGCCAGUGGACGUGGGGAUGCAGCUGAGCUCUGGGUCUGGGCAUGGUGUGCGAUUUAUCGCAUAGCAGGUCUGCACCUCCUUGAUUCAGGAUGUUGGUUUCCUCAGACUGCUCUACAUUUCAAGUUGUUACAAGAAAAUGGUGUAAAAUACAACUAAAUAACCUAAGGUAUUAAAUUGUACUAAAACUACAGGCUUAAUUUUAAUUCAAAUAGUGUUCAAUUUCAAGUUAAUUUUGUCUUAUUUGUUUAUGAUUUUACCAUUGGAAAUCUAUGUGUAGUUGCUGUUUUAAGUUCAAACAUAAUCAGCAGUUUUACAAACUAGAGGUUGUUUUGAAGCAAUUAAAAAUAUUUUAACUAAAGUAAUGUUCAUUAAUCAUUCUUGUGUUUUAAAUGAAAUUAUUGUACCUACAACUAAUUUAUUUGUUUCCAACCUUUUGGUUGGACAUGUCUGUUUAUUGUUCGUAAGGACUGAGACGAUAGUUAUGAUUACAUAGGAGAUGUUCAUCAUUACGGAGUUCACAAAAAUUUAUACUAAAUAUGUUUGUGUGUGUUUGUAUGUAUGUGUAUAUAGUAUCCAGGAUGAAGAAAAAAAAAGGAUGGAUAGUAAAGUUCAAGAAUGAUUAGAGUUACACAAUAAAUGUUAAAUGAAGCAAAA